CUCAGUCUGGCGCCGCGUGCGAGCGCGAUUCGGUCCCGGCGUUCCCCCUCGCUCGAACGCUCUCCCAAUACGACACUUUCUCGUUUCCGCGAUCCACGAAAAAGAAACAAUGAUCCGCGAGACGACCGAGGCCCGUCGCUCGAGAUCCGACGAUCCUACCUGAAUCAUCCGACCUCAACAAACUUAUCAAAAAUGAGAAACACUUUCAUCGAAGAGAUUCUCGUUGAUACCUCGUUUGUACGGUGAAAAAAGGAAGAAUGAAAUAUCCAAGCGGCAAUCGUGUUUUCGAAAGAAACGGCCAAGAUUUUACCACGGCUUCGGUUUCGUAGUGCGAGAAGAAACAAGAAGAAGAAAAGAUGAAUUCGAUGAACAGGAACUCGAGGCCGGUACCCCGACCCGUCCCCUCCCACCCAACUUCGUGACCUGUAGUCAAUAACCCACCGUGCGUAACAAUCCUCGUUCCGCGGAUUGAAGAUGAGCGCCCCGUGUUACGCCCUCGUCCUUCUCACGUGGUGCGCUCUCUGGCCGGCAGCCGGCCUGGUCGGUGACCAGGAGGUAUCGCAGAUCGAGAGCCCGGCCAGGCCCGAUCCCCUCCGCCAUCAGAAAGACCAUCAACAACGACGUCCCUCGUUCAUCGAGCGCAGAUUGUUGGACAGACUCGAGCCGGCCACCUCGGAUCCUCGUCUAACGUCCACCGACGACGACGACGACGACGACGAGCCUCGACGCCUCGACUCCCCCCUCGAGACGAGCAUCGAGAGGCCGACGGUCACCGCCCAGAUAAGGCACGGCCGAUCGAGGAAUCACUUCGUCAGACAGGCGAAGCUCGACGACAAAGAAGACAAGGAGAGAACGAGAACAAACGAGACAUCCUUCUCCUCCUCCUCCUCCGUGGAGGACGUUUACGAUCAAACGACGUCGGAUUCGUCCGCGAGGUGGCCGACGAUCGACGAACGAUCGACGAACCUCGAUCUCGACAAACUGCUCACCAGAUUGUCGGAGGCUGGGCGAAAGGAGGGGAGAAAGAAGGGGGAGUCUUUGGAGAAACUGAGGAAAGCUAUGGGGGCCGUGGGUAGGAACAGAUCGCGAGCCUCGUCCUAUCGUCACAAUAAUGGCAAUAAUGGCAAUAAUGGUAAUAAUGGUAAAAAUGGUAAAAAUGGUAAAAAUGGUAAUAAUGGUAAAAAUGGUAAUAAUGGUAAAAAUGGUAAAAAUGGUAACAAUGGUAAAAAUGGUAACAAUAAUGGUAAUCGAACGUGGAGUGACUUGGCGCGGGGAGGGAAUUGGAGCGGGACGGGUGUUUACGGCCACGUGGUGCACGGUUGGCCGCGACCCGACGAGGGGAGCGGCGACGAGUACGAAGACGAGGGGAUCGUGGACGAGUACGACGUCUACGACGGGGAGAAGGACGGGGAGAGCGACGCGGAGGACGGUUGGUACGGCAGGAACGGAUCCGGGAGCGGGUACGGGGGAGGGAAGAGGAGGCCGACGAAGGAGCCGGUGCACGUGGACAUCGUGACGAGAUUCCUGAGGAUAAUAGAGAACCAGCAUCUUCUCGGCGAGAAUUGCACGGCCGGGACCGAUUUGAACCUGGGCGAGGGUAUAGUGGACAGAUACGCCCAGGAGAGGUUCCGUUUGGAGGCGAAUCUCGCCGUGAACAGGGCGAACAUGCUCACGAGGUUGUGGAAGUACGCGCCCGACGUGAUGCUCUCCUCCGAGUACCUCCUUCACGCGAGCAUACUGUCCAUGGUGGAGUUCGACGAGGAUAUAUUCGCCGCGGGGAAUUGCUACGACAAAUUGCAGUACAAGGAUCGAUGGCUUUACUGCCCGUUCGCCCACCGGUUGCAGGAUCAGGACGGCAUACUCGUCAAGGAUCUCGCGAUCGAGUACAAGUAUCUGAGCAACAGCAGCGAGUGGUUUUACAUCGCAAGGAAGAACGCGGAGCGGGUGAUCGCGAAUAACGAUCAGUUCAGUCGCGGUUUUCACACGUACACGUUGAACGAAACGACGCACACGGAGCGGGAGGAGGACGAGAUAUUGACAGUGAGAUACGAGGAUGGGAGAUGGUCGAAGCCUUACUACGAUUGCGGGGGUGGAAAUAUUUGGAUGUUGACCUACACCGUCCCCUUCUUCGGCUACGUAAACGAUACUUACUUCUUCAAGGGAACGAGUGGGAUAGACAUCGAUCUACGCAGGCUGGACAUAGAUCAGUGCCCCCUGCCUCCAGGCUCCACUCAAUUGAACAUAUUCGCGGCCAGUGACAAAUGCAAGAAGCGGACUACAGAAUGCAUCGCGAUUCCAGGGCUGGGAUUCCGUCGCGGGAGCUAUCGAUGCAUCUGCAAACGUGGCUUUUAUUAUCCCGACAUCAAAUCCACCAGUCGAUACUACAAUGGCACAGUUAUCGAGGAAGAAUUCGAAAAGUUGAUGAUGGGGGAGGAGAGCCAAUACGACGAGGAUGGAGUGUUCGAGUGUCUUCCUUGCGCCGAGGGUUGCGAAUCCUGCGAGGACGAUUCCCCGUGCGUUGUAUCCUUGAAUUGGCUGAUGAGAACCGCGAUUCUCAUCCUGGAGUGCUGCGUCAUCGCCUGUUUACCGGCGGUCGCCCUUUUCACUUGGAAAUACGGAAACGUGAAGGUGGUGAGAGCUGCAAGCCCAGUUCUUCUACGAGUUAUUGUGCUUGGCGCGUUUUUCAUUUACUGCACCACGAUAGUAAUGUACCCCCGUCCAAACGUCAUAACCUGUACGGUUCGUGUCUGGCUUCGGGAGAUUGGAUUUUCCCUCACUUACGGCGCUCUCAUGCUCAAGACAUGGCGGAUAUCGGUAAUAUUUCGGGUGAAGUCGGCGAAAGCUGUGAAAAUAACCGAUGGCAGCCUUCUGAAACGGUUAGGCGUCAUCGUAAUGAUAUUCAGCGUGUUCCUGAGCAUUCGUACAUUGGUGGCGCCACCUGUGGUGAUAGUGGCGCGAACAGCGGAUGAUCUGAAAGCUUAUCUGUGCCGAACAGAUUGGUGGGAUCACAGUUUCACCACACUUGAGGUUAUGUUUCUCAUAUGGGGCAUCAGACUGUGCAUCGUGGUGAGAAAGACGCCGUCAGAGUUUAACGAGAGUCGAUUCAUCUCGAUGGCCAUUUACAACGAAUUUUUAUUGUCAGUCUUCCUCAACGUCUCUAUGUUGUUCUUGCAGUCACCGGCCAAUCCGGAUUUAUUGUACGUGAUAUUUUUCUGUCACACCCAGCUCACGGUCACGUUGCUUCUCUGCCUCAUAUUCGGCAGCAAGGCAUACAUGGUGUUCCGUAGUGGGGGCAAAGAGGAUUCGAAACAUUCCGGAGCCACUGGGAAAUUUCUAGGGAAAAGUGGCCGUCCGCCGGGUACCAGCAAUCAGACAAACUCGAUAUCCCUUCAGCAAGGAAACUUCACGGAUGAAAGUGAUGGAGCGACGGAGGAAUUCCGUCGAUUCAUCAAUCAAUUAGAAGUUUUGAAAGAAAAAAAUGUUCUGCUCGGUAAUCACCAUUUGGUGAACAAACUCGCAGCGAUGCAAGAAGCCGCAAAUCGUGCCGAAACGCAAGUGUCCACGAUCCAGGCGAUUUCUUCCAGUAUGAGAUUGAACGAUCUUAAUGGAUCUACGACAAUCGCCGAAACGGAUGUUGGAAGUUCCUUGAAAAGCGAUAGAAAAGGUGGGGAAAUGAAAGGGGAGAAGAAAUGCGAGGCCUGCGUGGAAAAGAACGGAAUUAGAGGCAUGGAUCAAGGCUCGUCCAAAGAAGGAGAGGCCCUCGUUUCCGUCGAAAUGAAGAAACCAAUGAGAACCAACGACGUUGCUGUCUCAACUUCUGGUAGGCCCGCCACGGAGGAUAUCGGAACAGAGACGAAACACGAGGACAAAAAAAGCGAGAUUAGGGAACGGGACAAAAGUAAGAGUAAAUCCGGCCAUGCGAGGACGCAUGCUAUAGUCAUCAAUCUGGAUGAUAAAAGCAGAUUCUCUGAAGAAGUCACCGUGUAAAAAAUUGGAUUAUUGUUAUUUCUGUGAAUCGUGAAUUCGGUGAAAGUCUUCUUCUCUCCAGUUAUCUUUGAACAUAAAGAAAUUUAAAAUCGAAUGACUCGAACGACUGAGAAUUUUGUUUUAGAGUGUAAGUGCGUAAAGUUAGGGAAUUUGGUGCUGGUGUGUUCAUAUUUCAUUUCGAUUCCGUUUCGAUUGUUCAUUUUCUUUUAUUGUUGUUUUAUAAAAAUAUGUUUUGGAAAUGUUGAUUAAAAAUUGAAGUAUAUAAUGGGAAUAGAAGAUUCGAUGGAAGUAAUUCCAGUAAAAUACCAAUAUGAGAAAAAUU